AGUUUUCUUUCUGUUAAAGUGAAAGUGAAAGUGGGCUGUCCCGUCGACUCUGAACAACUCAGUACGGCGCUCGAACAAAAAGGAGAGAUUUCUACCACUUAAUAAUCAUGGCCCUGAUCUUAAAGAUGCUUAUUUAUUUGCACCUGUGUGCAGGUGUGCAGUGUGUCCAUCAGAUGUCAUGGCUGCCCUGUCAAUUCACUGAUGAACGUGUGUUCCUGAAUGCUGAUGGUCACUAUGAGACUGAACUCAUUCAUAGAGAGGCUAUGCUGCAGUUUGGUCAAAAAGGAGACACUCCAGUUAACCCGCAUUCCGUCACUUUCUUAGUCACCGGAUCUGAGGUGGACCUGCGGUGGUACGUAGAGGGAGCGGAACCAGAGCAGUUGGACUGUGAGCUUCGUAGGUACAGCACAGACGGCAUCGACAUCCGCUGGCCAGUCCAGGAGGCUCAGGAGUACAACCGCUGGUUUAGCUGCACCCUCAAACACACCAAGGGCCUGUUCACAGCCACCGCCUUCCUCAGACACCCAUCUGACCAAGCUCCCUCAGGACAGCAGGAUUACCGCAGCUGGCCUCCUAUUGCAGACAGAGAGAUACUCAUGACAACAGCUGUCCUGGUCAUUAAAACACAGUCUCCAUCAGUGAAAGCAGGCCUUGGUUCCCAACCAAAGUUCCACUGCCAGUUUGCUAUUGACCACAAAAGCCCAAAUCUCACUGUGGAGUGGCACUGGCAGCAUCGUGGAGAGAGAACCAGACUCUUCAGCCAUAACACCCGCUCAGGACACACCCAGGGGACUGGCGUUAAGAUAAAGAGCCUAGCAAGAGGAGAUGCGUCCUAUACUCUCCCCUUCGCCAAGAUGAGCAGUGAAGGGAUGUAUGUUUGUUCGUUGUCAGUGAUUCCACUGUUUGCCACUCUGGACAUAAGUCUGCAUAUCGAAGAGGCUCCCCGUGUCUCCAUCAGUGUUGGACCCACUCUCUUGCUGCAGGAAGGCGACGAGCAGAAGGUUAUUUGUCAGGCAGAGAGUUACUACCCUCUGGAUGUGGAGAUAGUUUGGUCCGAGCAGCACCCGACAGCGGCUGGCCAGAGAGUGGGCGCCCCGCUCCCCAAGGUGAUCCAGAACGUUCUGCUGUCGAGCCACAGACGCAACCAAGACGCGACCUACUCUCUGUCUGCGUUCUUCUACCUCCAGGCGUCGCUCAGGGACUCAGGGAAACAGUUUACCUGCAGUGUCUCCCAUCAGUCCCUGAGGGUGCCCAUCAGAAAGAGCUUCAUCCUGAGUGUUGAAGAGCCAAGCAGUUGGAUGUUUACCCUCAUUGUUGGAUCCAUUAUGGUCGUACUGCUGGUCAUCCUGUUUUUGAUGCUGCCCUCCCUGCACGCAGCAAGAAAAGUGUCUGCACGGAAGAAACCAUACUGAGCAGUCCUGGAAGAUUCAGCAGACCAGCUGGAAAGUGACUGGAGAGUGACUGUCCUCCUCACGUUUCCUCCUCACUGAUUUUUACUUGAAUGACAUUUGAUUGUGGUUUGUUUUCUUCAGAUGAAUUUAGGUUUCUAUGAAACUGAAAAUGUUUUUCACAUUGCCCCAGUUUUGCCCAUGCUAUAAGUAAAUUAAAAAAGUAAAUGAUUGGUCCCUAGGUUAAUAUUGAUACACAAGUUACAAAGCUGGCGAACAUGCAGCAAUCACAGUUUAAAGGUACCAUGGACAGUUUUUGACCACUAGUAGUGCUAUAGGACAACACUUUUGCUGCCAGUGGUUUCUGCUGUUCUAAUGUACACGCUGUGGUAACAUACAAAGAAGCACAGAAAUGCUGCAAUGAAGGCAGUGAAGAGGAACACUGCUAGCUAGCAGACGUAGAUGUGAACAGUGCAUGGUUUGGAACAUUUUUGAAAUGGGCUUCGCAAGUGUUAUGAGGAAGCACAUAAAUUGAACACAUUUGUGUGACAUCAAAGACCCUGGAUGUGGUGAGACACAGUAGAUGUAACUUGAUCUUUAAUGACAUCUUUAAUGAAAUAAAGCUGCAGUGAACCUAAAACAUAACAAAAUCAGCUGAUUUCACAAAGAAAAUUGAUGUUUAAAAAAUCCUUGUGUCAGAUUGGGUCAUUUGAUAAAUGUGUCGUUUUACUAAUUUUUUAUCAAACACUCUUAAACUGUAUUGGCUCUUUAGAACAUUUCUUAUUGUGAUUCUUGGAACUCUGAUAAAUACAAGCCUUAAAUCACAAA